GAUUUGUAUUGUUUGCAGUGCGCUUGUCCCAACUCGCUCAAUCAGAGGGAACUUGUCCGUGGUUCACAACAAAACUUAGCCAAAAUGUAAGGUAUGAGAAAUAACAAUUUAAUGGGAUCAUACUGGACUGCCAUCGCAAGAAGAAAGAUUAACUUGUAAUGGAAGAUUCCUAAUACAAACAAAAGAUAAAAAUGUCAGACAAUGGAUCAGGUGGUACACCAUCAGAACACAGUGAAGGUAGUGAUAACACAGAAAGAGAUUCAGAUUAUGAAUCUGAAGAAGAAGAGAAUAAAGAACAAUUAAACAUACAAUGGACAGGGUAUGGUAAAAAGACUCCAGUCAUUACUUUUAAUGCAGAUGUUGUACUCAAUAAAAAGACAAAUCAAAGAACAGUUGGAGAACGAUACCAUUUAGCCUAUAAAUUUGGAGGGUCAGAAACUAAAGUUAUCAGAAACAUUCUGAAUUUCCAUGGCUUUCACGAGGUUCAUCCAAACAGUUCUGAUUUUAAUGUUAUGUGGACUGGUUCUCAUCUCAAACCAUUUACAUUAAGAGGUCUCACAGAAUUUCAGAAAAUCAAUCAUUUCCCACGCUCAUAUGAAAUCACAAGGAAAGACAGAUUGUUUAAAAAUGUUCAACGAAUGCAGCAAAUUAAGGGUGUGAAACAUUUCGAUUUCAUUCCACCAAGUUUCAUUCUUCCCAGUGAAUAUCAAGACUUUUGUGCUUGUUUCCUGAGAGAGAAAGGAACAUGGAUAGUUAAACCAGUUGCUUCAUCCAGAGGUCGAGGUGUCUUCCUUGUAAAUCAUCCUGACCAAGUUCCUCUUGAUGAGAAUUUAAUUGUUUGUAAAUAUUUGGCCAAUCCAUUACUGAUAGAUGGAUUUAAAUUUGAUGUCAGGUUGUAUGUUUGUGUGACUUCGUAUGAUCCUUUGACUAUUUAUUUGUUUGAAGAAGGUCUUACAAGAUUUGCUACAGUGAAAUAUGAGAAGAGCAAUAGACAUAUACGCAAUCAAUGUAUGCAUUUAACAAAUUACAGUGUCAACAAGAAAAGUGAUGAUUAUGUCAAAAAUGAUGAUCCAGAAGUAGAAGAUUAUGGUAACAAAUGGUCAUUGGGUGCCUUACUACGUUAUUUGAGAUCACAUGGGAAGGACACUGCAGCGUUGAUGAUGAAGAUUGAAGAUGUGAUCAUAAAAACAAUUAUCUCAGUAGAACUUCCAAUAGCCACUGCCUGUAAAAUGUUUAUGCCUCAUAAAGGAAAUUGUUUUGAACUAUAUGGUUUUGAUGUUCUUGUUGAUGAUAACAUGAAACCUUGGGUGCUAGAAGUCAAUUUAUCUCCGUCCUUAGCUUGUGAUUCCCCAUUGGACUCCAAGAUAAAAACAAAUAUGAUCUCAGAUCUACUGAGUAUGUCAGGGAUUGUUUGUCAUGAUCCUAUGAUGAGAACUUUACAACAGAGCAGAAGAAAUCAAGAUGUCUCCUCCAAGAUGGGUGCCAGAGCAAAAUUAUUUGAGGCCUUAAGGAAAGAGAGAAUAACUGGGAAAAUAACGUCAGCACGAUAUCGCCCUUCAUCUGCUACCAAUGCGGAUUCUUGGUAUCAGUUACUGAGGCAACGACAGCGACCUCAAUCAGCUUCUAGUACAGGAGGAGGAAGGAAUAACGGUGACAAGAAUCAAAAUAGCACUGCUAACAAAGGAAUGGCAGGACUGAAUAGUGAUGAAAUAAAAAUUCUCAGAAGAAUCAAAGAGGAGGAUCAAAGAAAAGGAGGCUAUGUGAGAAUAUUCCCUACUGCUGAUUCUUGGGAUAUCUAUAUGAAUUUUUUACAGUUCAACACUACCAAUAACUUGAUGGUUCAUCAAAGAUUAUAUCCAGAAAGACAUAAGACUAGCGGUGUAUCAUCCAGUGGUAGAUCUGGGACCACAUCUGUUGGUGCUAGAGCUAAAAUUUCUUCUAUUUUCCGCUCAAAAAGUGCCUAUUCCUCACUGAGUGGUACAUCUAUCAAGUCAGAUUCUGAGUAUGCUGAAUGUUAUGCUCAGGCCAUACUAAGGACUAGACAGUAUGAAAGGAAGUUAGGAUCUGGCAGACGUGGCAGACGUAGGAGGAGAAGAGUGAGAAGGAGACCCAAGUUAGCACAAGGUGUGGCUGAAGAAGAUGGCGAAGAAGAGGGAGAAGAUGAAAAAGAUGACAAAAAGUCAGAUGAAGAAAAUGAUGUAAUUGAUGAUGAAGUCAAAGAGUCUGAAUCAAAAGAUGAGACCAAGAAAGAAAAUGUAGUAGAAGUACAGGUUGAGAAGUCAGUGCCAAAAUCUGAUCAGGGUGAUGUAGGUAAACCUCCAAAACCACCAACUACCAAAAUGGCUGUCCAUAAGGAAGUACCAAUAGAAAUACCAGUUGAGGAGGAACGUCCUCCAACUCCACCCAGAGAACCUAGAUAUAAUGUGGUAGAACUGCUGCAGAAAGGCUGUACACUAAGAUGCUCAACAGUCAGUAAGGUACAAGCUAGGUCAGCAUUUGCCAUGUAUUUAGUGAGGGUACAACAAAGAUUGGUGACAGAGGGAAGUCCAUCCAGUCAGGAUGAUUCAGAUGCUCUCAAUGAGCAGAUGGACCUUGUCUUAAGAUUUUUAAAGAGGGCAGCAGUAAAUUUGCAGCAGCCAUUCAAAGUUGUUGUUCCAAGUAGAAAACUUCCACUGAAUGACAGACGACGAAUUCUAGCAAAACAGUUGGGAGAUUUUGUUUACAUUUAUAACAAGCUGGUCAGACAAGCUCAUCAGGAGACAGAACAAUUGAAGGUAAAAAGGUUGCAAGACAAGAAAGCAGGAAAAAUAGCAGAAGCCUUUCCUAACCAGAAGGAAGUUCUUUGUGAGAAGAAAUUUGAAGAGUUUGUCAACACAGCUAGUGAAAGUGAAUUAGAGGAUGUUCUUACUACGUAUACAAAGAUAAACAAAUCAGCCAGUAUUUUCUUAGGAGGCAAUCCUAAACAUAGCAGUAGUGAUACAUCCAACCACUCAAAAGGAACAUCUGGAUCCUCUACAACUGUAGCAGCUAGAAAUCCUCAGAAUGAAGGAUCUAGACAGGUCUUAUCAGGAUGGGAUGACAUUCCUAAAGUUAGUGGCACAGUGGCUUCCACAUCCACCAGCGGCACAGCACCUACAACCAGUGAAUCAAAAUAUGGUUCAUCAUCGUCUUUGGCAUCAGAACCGCUUCGGUAUCAAACGCCCUCACAAUCUUCCUUUGCUAAUGCUGUACAUUGUUAUACUCAGAAACUGACUACAAAUAGACCUAGAUCAGCUUCUACUAGUAGCCAAAGACCAGGAUCUGGGGUCACAACUAGACCCCACAUGAGACCCAUGUCAGCUGCUCAUGCUAGACCAGUUUCUGCUUAUGCCACAACAGAUCCAACUGUAGAUUCUUACAAUGACGAAGCAAUACAGAAUGCAUUACAAAGAUUAGCUAUACGACAACAGGCACGUCAAUAUUCACCAUAUAACAGCACUACAAUUAUUCCACAAGAUGUGGAAGCUAAGUCUCGUAUUGGUACAGCAAAGGGCCAGAGGCCAUCUGACAUGCUUCAGUACAGAAGUAACUCUGUAGAAGACAAUUCAUAUGUUCAGACAAAUGUAAACACAUACAUGCCUGCUGGUAGGACAGUUGAUAGUGCCCAACGAGCCUUUGUAUCAGCUGAAGAAAUGGGAAUUAAGUCUCGUCCUUCUUCAGCUUCAUAUCACAGACAGACAGGUGAUCACGCAGGAAAUAGUCAGACGGUUCAGUCUAAUGUCAAUUUACAGAGUGCUAAUGCAACUUUUAAUAAUUUUAUAGAUACUAAUAGUGGCCAUAACUUACACAGUGACUUAGCCAUGGCUUAUAGUCAAGUAACAGGUGUAGCACCACAGAAUUAUCACACUGCCUCACAAACAAGUAAACAAUUUCAACUGUUACAGCAGCAACAGGCACUUAAACAACAGAGCAGGGUUCUGUUAGAACAGAGUAAAGCUAAACACCAGGCAAUGAUAGCCCAGGCUGUUCAGAAAACUAAUCCUCCAAGACCAACCAUGAGAAAUAUAAAUGGAGAAAUACAUAUUGAAAGUGCUAUACAAAAGUAUGCUCCAAAACCACCAAUACAACCCUCCCAUCACAGGAAACCAACAGGGCAGCACAGAGCUCAAAGGCAACCAUUGACAGAGGAAUCAUUGACUUUUAAUUUCUACAACAGCCUCAAGCACAACCCAAAUGUUGGAUCAUCACGACCAUCUUCAGCGUCAGGAUGGUAGUACCUCACCCUUUGGAAACCAUGCUUGAAUAUUACUAAAUAAAGAAGAAUUGGAAAAUGCCACUGUAUUCCGUCCAUGUAGAUGACCUUGUCCAUUGAGAUUUUAAUGUGAUAUAAACAAUGUUUUAUUAAUUUUUUGAAUGACAGAAAAAUUUUGUAAAAAUUAAAAUAUUCUAUUUUGAUUUCAUCACCACUUUUAGUUCAGAUAUUUAUUUUUGUUUUAUUAAUUUUAUACAAUGAAAAUAUGUUUCAGUUUAUCAUGUAUUUUGCUGUCAGAAAAGAUGGUGUUACAAUUUUCUGUAUAUGAAUGUUUAUUAUACAGGGUCUGUACACAUUAGAACCUUUAUUGAUAUAUUGUGUUUUAUAUAUAAUAUAUAUAUAUAUAUAUAUAUAUAUAUAUAUAUAUAUAUGUAAAAGGAAGCAAAACACAGUAUUGAAGUCUUGCUUAGUUCAUUUAGCCUGUUAGGUUUUAUAAUCAAUUGAUAUCAAUCAUCCAUUAAAAGGUUCUCUAAAUCCUUUCGGCCAAUUCAGGAAUAUAUUUUUUUCAGAAUCACCCAAGGGUGUUUAGCUUUAAUUAAAAGAUACCACCGAUCAGCCUGCAAGGCCAUAAUAAAACUAUGAAUACAGUAUGGUAUAAAAUAUCAUUUUUGAUAAUUUUCACUGCAGUUAUGUAGGGUAUUAGAACCUAAUAUACAUUGAAAGUGAUUAGUCCUAGAUUUUGGGACUCUUCAUAUCCUUCCAUAUAUUUUUCAGGUAGCAUGUAAGCAAAUCAGGUUACAUAGGGGGUCUUAUUUAGGCACUCUUAGAACUAUAUCAGAUGUAAGAAAAUAGUAAAUAUUUAUACUAUAGACAUUCCAAAUAUUUAUAGGGAUCUUAACUUUUUGUCAGCCCUGGGACCAACAUAACAUAUCAAAGACUUUACAUAACGGUAAAAGUAUAUUUUUUUUUUAAUCUGACUUCUGCUAUUUCAUUUGUUUCUUUUCUGCUUGUGAAUCUGCUGUUCAGUUUAAAGCAUGACAUUUUCUUUAUUUUUAUUUUUUUUAUUUAAAAACUAAUAUUUUAAUUGUUACUAAAUAGAUAUCUUGAUUGCAGCUCAUAUUUGAGUGAGGCAGGUAUGAAAAAAUAAUGAAGACUUUUAUAGUGAAAAAUUUCCUUAAAUUUGAAUUUUAGGGAAUGCUAAAUUUAAUUCAGUGAUUGAUUUUUUUUAUUUUGAUAUGAUUCAAAUACACUUCAAUCUCCAAAAAGUGAUUUAAUCCAACAAUAAAAAGUUGUAACUUUAAAUUUCUAUUUAAAUGCCAAGCAUCCAAUUUAAGUUAUUUGGUGUAUUGAUUAGAGAUUUAGAAACAAAGCCAUUAUGUUACAACUUCCUGCAUCAAGUUGUGAUAGCAGAUAAAUGUCAUCAAAGAAAGAUUUUAGUUUGAGCAGUAGUUACUUUUUGGUGGCCAAAAUGAUGUUUAUUAAUAUAUAUGUUUUUAUUUUAAUUUUUAUUGAUUUCUUUUUUUUAUAAUUAUAAUUUUCAAGAACUUCAUUCAUUAAUGUUAGUUUCAUUUGCUUAAAUAAGUUAGCUAUGCAAUUCAUGGAACUCACUUUUACUUAAAUUAUGCAUGUUACAAGCAACUGAAAAGAAAUGAACUUGGGACAUACUGUGAACGAAAAUCUACAAGGUUUAGGUAUAUAUUUAUUGAAUGUGUAUAUGUCAUAUUUUUAAAUGAUUUAUGUUUUUACUGUUUUGACACUGUUGAACUGUGAUAGUGUAUAACAACAUUGUAGAACUUUACAAUUUUACUUAUCAAAUGUCCAUGUUAAUUUAUAAUAAAAUAUAAAUAUAGA